GGGGCAGAUAACUCUGAUCAACCCGAAGGUUUGUUGUUCAAUCCGCCAGUCACAGUAUAAUAUCUAGGCAAGGGCAAGAUUGUUGGAGCUACCAUUAAAAAUCCUCAUGAUGGUAGAUCUACUACAGUGUAUGACACUUGUGCUGCAGUAUUGUCGGUAUACUGUGCGCUUUUCUCUCGUCCUGUUCACCAAUGUGUAUGCCAUAUCAUCCUACUGUGUAUGGCUGCUGCUGCUUUGGCCAGUCCGAGUUCUUCAACCCUCCUUCUACUGGAAGCUUGAAACUGUCCUCUUCAAGGGACUCCUGGCCAUGGUUACAACAUGGUUCUUCACAGCAGGAUACAGAAUUGUAGAGAGUGGAGAUGAGCUGAGUGUGCUUUAUGAAAAGGAAGCUUUACUUCUGAUCAACCACCAGUCUACUGGAGAUGUACCAUCCAUAAUGGCAUCUCUGCAUGGCAGGCAGAGGGUGGGUGGAACACUCAUGUGGAUUAUGGAUGAAAUGUUCCGCUUUACUCACUUUGGAGCUGCGUCUACUUUGAGGAAAGACUUUUUCAUCAGACAGGGUAAAGCUUUCAGGGAACAGCAGCUGCUGAAGCUCCAUUCUCACCUGGUAUCCGACUAUGUAGCUCUUGACAGGAAGUGGAUUGUACUAUUUCCAGAGGGUGGAUUCUUGUACAAGCUAAAGGAUUCAAAUAAAAAGUAUGCAGAGAAAAACAACUAUCCUGUUUGGAAUCACAUCACAUUACCCCGAGUUGGAGCUGUAAAAGUUGUUCUUGAGUCAUUAGCUGAUGGAUUGUCUUCACCCAUUGAUAAAGGAGAGUCAUCACUGAAAAUCUCAGAGGAGAUAUCGAAAAUGCAAAAGUUGACAACUGACGGACAACAGAGAAUGUGCUGUGACAUAAGUUCACUUGACUUUCAGUCAGAUAAAGAUGCGUUCCAUGGCUCCCUCUUACAGUGGAUUAUUGAUGUAACCAUAGUGUAUCCUAAAGGUGACCCUCUGACACUGGUGAACAUAGGGGCAGGAUCAUGGUCGGCCUCUGAUGUGCUCCUUCAUUUUAGAGCAUACCCUGUGUCGGAGGUACCCAAAGAUGAAGAGGGGAUGAAACAGUGGCUUUUCCAGAGGUUUGCUGAGAAGGAAAUGAUGAUGGAAGAAUACUACCGCCAUGGAACACCACUCAGUCAAACCGAUCAUCAGAAACGCCUUUUAGCUCGCAGAAAAGAUGGAGCCUAUCAUUUUGAUGGAUUUCAUGUUGUUUUUUUUAAUCUGUUUUAUCUACUUUCAUUCUAUUGUCAAUUUCUUUUAAUUUGGAAACCAAUUUUCAUUUGUAUGUCACAUGCUUUUAUUCACUGAAUUAUUCACUGUACUAUGUUGUAUCUUUCAUGGACUGCUAGUAUUAACUGAAAAGUUGCAACUGAUGAAAAAAAGGAAAAAUAGAAUAUUUAGCUCACCUGCACAAAAGGUCCAACUAAACGUUUUUAACUGACCGACAUUCAACCAUGCAUUGACAGUCAACUGAUUGUUCUGCCUAAACUUUUUAUUCUCUUUUUUUAUCUCCUCUCAACAGCUCAACAUGAAAUUGACUAAAUAGAUGUUCAUUAUGGACAAGUUAUCAUAGACCUCUUUGAGCUCAUGUAUCACAAUUUGUUCAGCCGUAGAUGCUUUCUGGAUGAUAACUUCAUCAACUUACGAAAUGACAUCUCUUCAGAAACCGCAGGAACUAUGACUCUAAAACAUUACUUGCCUGUUCCCACCAGUGACACCUGAGUUUGUUCCAAGGCUUCAAAUCCCAUGUUCAACUUGGCUGCCAAGGUAGCCGUAAUGAAAAACAAAUUGAUGGCCAUUACUCAUGUGUAUCUCCUCUUGGCAUUGUCAAUGCGAGGUUAUGUUAUGGUCUUCAUUAGUUUAAAAUCCAAAAGCACUGAAACUUAAAAUCUUUUCAUGUUCUACAUGUCCUCAGCAACAACAAAUUAACUUUUCAUUUAGUAAAAUUCAAUCUGGACACAGCAGCAACAAAUUUGAAUGAAAAAUACAACCUUUGUACCAACCUCUUCAAAUUUUGAGAGGAUCAUCAUAAGAUUAUUGUUCUUUACAAUGUAGUACUUUCUAUUUUUUUAACAAUUAAGAAACGUUGUCUAAGCACUUGUUAGAAAUAGGGUGUUUUUAAGUUGAAUAUCCAGGUUGAAGCUAUGACCUUUGACAUCCAGAUACCCCACUGUUUUUCAAGCAUUAGUGGACUUUUGACAUCUCCUCUAGACCUGCAAUGCCUAUAAAGAUGGCUGAAACUCUGCAUGAAUCAUCCCAGCUAUGGUGUCUCAAAGAAGUGCUCAUAGACUUAAGCUCUCACUUUAAAUAUGACAGUCAUUUUGAAAAGUCUUUGGUCUUCCUACAACUGUAUUGAAAUUUCUUUUCAGUUAUGAUAUUGGCCAUGACAUUAAGUAUUUUUUAACUAAGUCACCCAUAGAUAGGGGGAGAAAUAUUGGAUCGCAUUGCUUUUAAAUAUUGCAGCAUUUCACUGUCAGAUCGUGUGUUCAAGAUACAGAAUAUUUCAGGAUUAAUUUGACUUAAAUGGAAAUAAUGAAACGUACGGGGGACUUUAUGAUGAUGGCGGUGCCUGAGAACCAAGACUAUUAUUAUUUUAGCCUAAUACUGUCACUUUUUUCCCCACAAAAUCUGAUUUACAGUACCUUCUUGUCCUCGCGCUGAUAAUACUUCAGAUUAAAACUAGAUGUUAUAGGAGAUGACACAUAUGAUCGUUUCUCUUUAUUUCAUAAUUCCUAAUUGCAAAUAUCCAUAUAGGUCAAUAUGCAAAUUAUAUUUCACUUUCAUGUUAUAUUUUGCACAGUCACAUAGUAUCCCAUACAUGCAGGUCAAAAUUUAAUUGUCAAAGGUAUAGUUGUUAUUCUUAACAUCAUUCUUACUUUUUUUCAUGCAUAUGUUUGAUGUAAUAAAGUUCUAUAUUUUUUUUAUAGUAGUUGUAAAGUAACAGUACUUCAUCAUUAAAGCCUGGAAAUUUCAUUUCUUCAGUUUUAUCGGUUAUCUCUGUGAAAGUAAUUAUUUUUUACAUUUAUAUAUGUCAUAUGAUUCAAAUAAAGCCCCAAAAUUUUGACAUCAUGACUUUAUUGAUAUAUUGACAUAUUUUCUAAAAUUUAAAACAAUAAAUAUUCAUUAAGUACAAGUCAAACUUUGCCAGGUCAAUUCUUUGUUUUGUCACUUUUUUCCUGAAUAUUCUCACACGAUAUGUUAUAUCAGUUGUGUAUCACGCAUUUCAGAAAUUCUGCAAGUGGCACAUUGUGAUGGUAUCACUCAGAAAUAGCCAAGUAAAUUGUUACUUUUCCUCCUAUUUUUAGAUUGCAAAUGCUCAAUUAUACUCUAAUGUCCAAUAAAAUGCAAUUUGUACACCAUCACACACUUUAAAUUGGGAGAAAAUGGCUUUAAAAAGUCACAAAAUCACUGGGGAAACCCUUGCGGAGGUUUAAUUAUUUUCUUUGAAACAGUGAUCAUUUGUGAUUUUAACAGGCCACAAUACAAUAUAUUUAUGUCCUCAAAAGGAUGAUUUGGAUAGUAACUAUAUACAUGUUUAUAUGAUAUGGAAAUGGAUUGCAAAUGUCACAAAUUUAUAUUGGAACCGGUUUAAAGGUAGGGUUUUUCAUGUUCUUAAGGAAGUGAUGUCACGGUAUCAGAUUUCCCUCAAGCACUAGCCAAUGGGACUCAGAACAAGGCUGUUUUUCAAUCUUUAAAUACCAAACAGGCCACAAAGUGUUAGCUGUGAGCUACAGAGACUUGUGGUUCUAUUCACUAUUUAUUUACUUAGUUUAGGUUAUAACGUGCGCUUUCCGACAAAUGCGUAUUUCACGCACGGGAAUGCCAGGCCAUUUUAGUUACGUAGUCAGGAAGUGUAUGUCCGAAAGGUAAGGCAACCUAAAGGGCCUUUAUGGUCGCUUAAUUAAUUCUGGCGGAAAUUUGGAAUUUUGAAAUAUGCCAUGCUAAUAAGAUGGGGGAACGAUUUAUGUUUUAUUGGUUGCUUGUUUGGUUGCUUGUUUUUUUUUUUUGUGGGUUUUUUUGCGGGGGGGUUUUAAAUGCGGUCGAGUAGGCCUGUUUUGAUUAGAUAAAUGCCUUGUGCUUUAUAGGCUCAGCAGAUGCUGAGCCUUUAUAUAUAGAGGCUCUGCAUAUGGUCUCUGACGGAGUUCCUCCAAAAUUACACGCUUCAUUACACAACAAUCCAACCUCCGUUCACAGUCAUAGUCGGCUGUACAAGUUUUGUUGCAAGUAAGCUAUACAGAUUUUAAUACUCAAUCACAAA